GAUAAGAGUACAAAACAGUAAACAACAAUCCAAAGUUCAAGGAUCAACUUUUUAACAAUUUAAUAUUAAAUAAUAAAUAUGCGUCUUUGUUUCUUUUUUAUUGAGAUCUGUAUCCGCGAAUCUUUAUAGUUUUAUUUUCUAUGUACAAACAAAUAAAAAUGUAUUUAAAAUUUUUUUACAAAUGAAUCCUACCUAAGUGUAAUCCAUAAGCCACACGUAUCAGCUAUCUCGUCUAAUAUUAUUCAUUACAAUAAUACUGUUAUUAAUUUUAUUAAUUUGCUAACAAACUGGUAAAAAUCCUUCUAGAUUAUUUGUUAAUCGGAUAUGAAAUAGUUUUCAUGCUAAAUUGUUAUGAGUGAUUCCUAAUUAAUUUGUUUUAUAUAAUUAAACUAUUGAUAGCUAAGUUACAGAAUUUUUAACAUUAUUAUAAGUUUACACAAUGGUGUUUGAUAAUUUAUAUCUUAAUAAGGACCAUCUCGAUGGGUUUGACAAUUACAAAUAUAAUGCAAUUGAUACAAAUCCAUUGGGUACAUAUAUUAUGCAUCCAUUUUGGAACUCAUUAAUUAAAGUUAUUCCAAGAUGGAUUGCACCUAAUUUGCUAACUUUUGUUGGUUUUCUUUUUACUGUUGGAGCUUCACUUCUCCUUGCUUAUUAUGACUAUGGUUUUUAUGUAUCUGGAAUAAAUUACAAAGGUGAUCCAAUACCAAAAUGGGUUUUUGGUGUUGUGUCUUUAUUUAUUUUCAUAUCAUAUUCUCUUGAUGGUCUUGAUGGUAAACAAGCUAGACGUACAGGCACAAGUGGUCCUUUAGGUGAACUGUUUGAUCACGGUCUGGAUUCCUGGACAACUGUUUUUAUCCCAACUGCACUUUAUUCAAUAUUUGGGCGUGAUGAUCCAAAUACUAUUCAACCAAUACGGAUGUAUUAUAUCUGCAUAAUGGUUUUCAUUAAUUUUUAUCUGGCUCAUUGGGAAAAGUAUAAUACUGGAGUAUUAUAUUUGCCAUGGAGUUAUGACUUUUCAAUGGUUGGAUUAGUAUUUUUCUUUGGUCUUACUGCUAUUUUUGGUCCUGAAAAAUGGAAAAUGACUUUAAUAAAUAAUUAUUCCUUUGGACAUAUCACAGAAAUAACAUUUUAUUUUACCACAUUCAUUACUAAUAUUCCAGUUUCAAUUUAUAACAUUUAUGUAAGUUACAGGGACAAAACAGGUAAAAAUCUAAGUGUUUUAGAAGGCAGUCGACCAUUAAUUCCUUUGACUGUAUUUGUGUCUUUAUGCUUGAUAUGGGUAAAAAUGUCACCUACAAACAUUCUUGAAAGAGAUCCAAGAAUAUUUUUUAUGAUGAGUGGAGCAAUAUUUUCAAAUAUUUGUUGUCGUUUAAUUGUGGCUCAAAUGAGCAAGACUCGUUGUGAAGCACAUAACAAUUUGUUGUCGCUUAUGGUUGUAGCUAUAUUUUUUAGUGUGUUUUUACCUCCCAUUGAAUUAAUUUGUAUGUACAUUAUGGCAUUUAUAAGUAUUGGAACACACAUAUAUUAUGGAGGCUGUGUAGUGAAACAAAUGGCUGAUCAUUUUAAAAUCAUGUGUUUCAAAAUACCAUACAAAAAACAUUAAAUAUAAUAUAUUAUUAAAAUAAUUUUUAUUUUAUAUUAAUUUUAUUAACUACUUACAUAAAUCGGUAUUAGCGUUCAUGGAAUAAUUGUUGCUAAAAGUUAUAAUUCUUAUUUUUUUUUAAUCUCAUUACAGAGUAGUCAUACUUAUGAAA